CAUGUCGUCCGCUAUUUAAUCCCGCCGUUGUCGUUUUCCGACAUAAAGUCUUUACUUCCUGUCCACAUGCGCCGUCGGUCUGAGGUAGAGCGCGCGCCCCCGUCUGCAGAAGGUGCCUUCUUCCAUAAGGCACAGAACUUUAACAUUUCUGGGGGGACCUUCCAAGUUAUCAGCGGGGAUGUUCACCAGAACCUAGCUGCACAACACAACCAUUUGGAUAACGCGUACAACACCGCGUAUGGGUUCGGGGCAGGCUCGUUUGAGGGCUACAACAGGCCGUAUCCCAGUCCUCCCACCCCUCCAUUCCUCGGCCCUAAUUACCCGUCAUAUGGCCCGUCAUACGGCCCAGCAUCGUCGACGGCCAGCUCAUCUGGGAGUAAUCCGAGCUCGCCUUUCAGUCCGAAUGGCUUUAUGGGCUUCAACCCUGGGAUGGGGCCAUCAUCGAAUCAGCGCAGUGGACACGAAUUUGGAUUUCCUCAGCAAUACGGGGAACAAACGAGGCGUCAAUCGACACCAGUGCCAGUGAGAAGCGCAUCCAUUUCUACCUCUCCCUCUCCCGUCGUGGAAGAGGUGGACGGUAGUGUUGUCACGAUGCCUGUCGCAGAGCAUCACGAGGAUGCGCAGGCAUCAGUUCAAAGGACUGCCACAAACGAUGCUUCUGCAGCAAGUGUUGCCUCAACUACGGAGACCACUGUCAAUACUUCCUCUCCAGCAGCCACGCCAAUACUGCAAGCGAUAGCAAGCAUCGACUUGAGUCUUCCUGAAUCUCCGACUAGCAGCUCUCCCUCAGGCUCUGUCAGCGCUACCCUCGAAGGGAUGCGCCGGAUGAUGGCCAAUGCAGACAUUCAGAACGAUGCAGCAAACAUGCCGCCCGGGCCCUCCCAGCCCGCCAAGGCGAAGCGUUUCUCCAGGAUUCGUUCAUUUCUGCGGACCAAGUCAAGGAGCAACACGGCCAGUACCAGCUCCACGCUUGUCGGUUAA